GCUAUCAACUGUCAGAGAGGACGGAGAGAGAGAGAGAGAAAGAGAGAUAGAGAUGCAUCUGUCUCCCAGGUUUAAUGUAAUUAUCGAGAUGUCUGCCUCUUAAGCAAAUUAAAAGAUGAACAUUCCCACAUUCACAACGCUACACAAACCACCAGGCCACGAUAGCGGUCAAAGUCUCUGUGCUUGUCAGUUGUACUCAAGUGCACAGCAGUGAUACAUUUCUUGUGUGACCAGCAAAAGGCCACUCAGGCGUUGUUGAAGAUCAUUUAAACUAUCAUUGUAUGCUGGUUAACCAUGAUAUAUGUUGGUUUAUUGAUGCUUUGCACACCAUUAGUCAGAGAGCACCUGCUGCCCCAGUAAUCCUCUUUCCUCUAAUUUCUCACCCCUUCAUCCUGUCCUCCAGACAAAGCCUCAAAACACCCUCAAACCCACAGCUCCCCCUCCUCACUCACCCCCACCGCCUAACCCAUCAGCUCAGGAGGCACACAGUUCACAUCUGUGUGGAUCAGAUUUUGAGAUGGGGGAUCCUUAAAAUGUGCACAUCUGGCCUCACCGUUAUGCUGGAAUUCAGCAGUGUAUUUUCCGCUCUAUGGUUGAGAGCUGUGAAAUAUUGUAUAGCUCAUUUUGGAGAAACUGUGUAGUGGUCAGGGACAAUAACUUUGGAUAAUCAAUACAACUCAUUUCACAAUCCAAAUAUCACCUUCAGUAACCAAAAUAUUUAAAGUUUAGCAAGAAAAAAAGACACAUUUUCAACUGUAAUCUUAGUCAGAUGCAUCAAUGAACAAAUGGACGGAUGAGGGUCCUGAACUGAAUGUUAAAGUGAAUUUUGAUUGUGUUCGUGGUUCCAUUCAAUCAUCUGUGUGUGUGUGUGUGUGUGUGUAAACUGAGAAUACAUAAUAGCACCUGGAUUUAGAUGUAAUCCCACAGGUUUUUAGGUUAGCGGUGGGGGUCAGGUCUCCCUUUGCGUGUGGGAUUUGUGGGUCUUAGUUGCUUUGGUGUGAGUGUUGGUGUGUGUGAGGUUUUGUCUUUGUUUCAAGGCUUUAGCAACAUGUUGAAAAGCUACAUUUUCUCAUAUUCCCCUCAAGGAAAAGUUAUUUAUCUGUGUUAGCAAGCAAGUCUUCCUAUACUUUGCUCCGGUCACAAAGAAAAUCUCUUUUGAGCCUGCGGCAGCCUUGGAUGCUCACGACUCGGGUCCCAUGGCUGUAUCUAAGUCUACAGGCUAAACUUUAAAGGUGACCAGGCUUUGACUGCCUGUGGAGUUCAGAGUGAUCACACUAGUUUCAUCCUUUAGAUCACUUAAAACCUCCUGAAGGGCUUUUUUUUUUUAACGAGACCAGCAGCUGUUUACGAAGUUAUACUCGUUAGUCUCUCGAUAUUGCCAUUUUUUUCACUUCUGCUUGUAUCUUUGCAAUUAGUAAACAAUAUCUAUAUAAUUUUAGUGCAUGCAUUCACUUAAGGGCAUCGCAUGGUCGAAUUACAGUGACUGUAAACAUGCAACUUGUAUUCAGAGAUUUAGUUCAUAUUGUAUAUUCUGUAUUAGAGGCAAGUGUUUGGGUCAUGAUAAUCAAGUAGAGAUCUUUGACACAGUCCUAACAAAACUCUGAACAUUGUAUAGAUUUUCUUUGCUUAAUAUUGAAUCCUCUUCAGUUGGCCUGUUCAGUUUCUGUCCCAGGUUGGCCGGGUGUAGCUGAGACAGAGAUGAAUAUUUUAUUACUGGCUGCUCACUACAGCCAAUCCAUUUACACACAUCUAAAUAGCACACUGUCACGUUCCUGAGUCCGCCUGCUGUGCCCUGCAUCACUUUGACACUUUGCAAAGUGAUUUUUUUCUCAGUGUAUCUAGACUGACAUGGAAUUUAAAAAAAAAAGUAAACUCAUCUCUCCCAAAUUUCCCAAAUCAAAUUGAAUCACAGAUUUUAUAUUUCACUACUUCAGACUGUUCACUUGCACCAGUGUAUGACCUGCAGACUAAACAGAUCUGCAUUAGCAUUUCUUACAUUAGCAUUGCUUACGAUAACUACACAGACAAAUUUCCCCUUGGGGAUGAAUAAAGUAUAUUUCUAUUCUAUUAUAUUCUAACUAUACAGAUUUUUGUGGGACAUAUUGCUAUCAAGAGGCCCAAGCAGGGAAUGUGGGUGGUGUAUAUGUGCUGGAUCAGCUUAACUGCUUGUAAGAGUGUGACUUUGUGUCCUAGCUUGGUUUGCAAAACAAGCUAUUAUCAAGUAUAGUUCUAAACUAGACUAAAGAAAACCAACAGUUCAACUCACAUCUUCCCUCUUUAUUGUUUCAUUAUUUCCCUACAUCCUUCCUGUUCACACCUCCCCUCACACACGAGCACUCUCUAUUUCACAGGUGACCUCUGACCUUUGGCUACUAGUAAAACAUGUUACAUAAGUGAAUAGAGGGGAGUUCAUGUGUGUUUCUUCAUAACUGUUAAACAUAAAAGAGAAAUAGCAAGUCGAUGCUGAAACGUGUUUUUAAUGAGAUCAUGGAGAAAUUCUAUGAUUAAGUGACAGACGGAUCACCUGUGAUGUUGUCUGUUAAAAUAACUUACUCACGCUAAAAGUCAUCCAAUAGCUUUCAAACAAUAAAGGCUUUUUGUUUUUAUAGAUUGCAAAUAAUGUCUUUUUAUAAGUUUUAUAUAUUUGUAGUGUGUACAUUUUGACAAAUAUUAAGAACAAAAUGAAAAGAGUCAAAUAAAUCACAUCUAAGCAUUAACGUUCAAAUGUUAGUAUUAUGUGGUAAAGGCUUUAGGAUCCAGUGCUGCUGGUGUUCAGAGCAUUCAACUCAUCGAAAGUCCACAUUUAGAUCACGUGAUGUGGGCAACUUCAUGCUUCUUGAUGGGUCUGUUCUUGCACCCGAGAGAGAGGCUGAGAUAUGCAGUGAUGAUGAUGAUGAUGAUGAUGGAGGUGAAGAGAGCUCUGAAGGAAGUGAUGACGAAGGAGGAGAAAGUGAGGCUGGACUGCAAAUCAACCUUUUAUAGGACAUCUGCCGAAUAUGGCCAUACUUUAAUCCAGGCAUUAGUAUUGUUUAAGAAAUACGAUGAGAAUGAUGGAUACCUCGACAUAAAGCAGGCAUCUUAAUGCUCGACCAAAGAGCUUAUGGUGGAAAAGCACAUCAUAUCAUUUACAGAAAGCUAUCAUUUGUUUGAUUAUUGCAUAAACUGUUCACUAGUGAUUAUCUUGAGAUGAUGAUGAAUGUGUAGCUGGGUUUUUUUAGUUGUGAAAAAUUGUGGGUGGGGAAUUCCGUGGUAUGAACUUGAUGGUGUGGAUUUAGAGAACUUUUCUCAAUGGCAUAACAAUCCACUCAACUUUAGUAACAAUAGGUUUGCUCCUAUAAUAACACCCACAAACUCUCUAUUGUUCUUCCCUUUCCCAUGUCACAGUGGCAGAUGGUCUUUGAGAUAGUGUUUUUUUUUUCCAGGCCUAUCCCCAAUCUGAUCACAUCUUCCAUCUCAGAUAUUCCUUUCUCUCACACACGCACAUGUGCACAUUUGCCCGAGGCAUGUACCAAAUUGUGUCUUUGGCACAGCUUCAGGAAGCAGAGCGGUGUUCCCUGAGCUCUCACACCAUUGGCUGCUGGUCAUGUGGCCAAAAGGAAAAACCUUGUGGAAGCAAGAGUUUGCGAGUCUUCCUCCAAUCUCAGCUGCGAGGUCGGCAAAUGCGUGUUUGUGUGUUUGUGGGGAGAAUAAGGUCUGUCAUCCGUGUCAGGUGGUGUGAUGAAGUUUUGUGUUUGUUCGACUGAGUUGGAGGGAGGAGGCAGUUGGGAGGGGGAGCCGAUUCGGCUUCCAGUGAGGGCAUGUUAGACACAGGAAUUUAGAAGGUGUGUCUCACAACAACUCAUCAGGACGUGAAGGGAGGAAGAUUUGUAGGUUAGUGAGCUUUAGAUGUUAUGUUAUUAUGGAGGCUGUGGACAGCAGUUUGGCUGGUAUGGAUGAUGUGGCAGCGACUACAGACAGUGUGGCGCACCGAGCAAAUGCUGCAGGAAAGGGAGAGACAGCAAACAACAGUCUGGACCCUGUGGACAAUGGGAACAGCAUGAAAGCUGCCAAAGAUGAGGAUGUGAGGGGCGACGCUGAGAGCGCUGACACCGUCUGUGCCGAGGACAGCGCUGAUGUUACAGACAGUAGGGGUAUGGAAAUUGAUGACAUCACGGACAGCAUGGAUCAAAGUGCCGAGGACGACAGUAAUGACGGCGAGAGCGACGGCGACAGCUCCAAUGAGGGAUCUUGUCUGGGGGCCAUGACCUCUGACGGGCAGGACUACUACCUGAGGCUGGGCGACACUCCUCGGCGGCGCUCUGCUCUGCGCCUCUCACGCAUCAUUGCCCGCAAGCAGCUGCUAUGGAGGCUGGCACAAGAGAUUGAGGCUAAGGAGGCUUGUGAUUGGCUUCGAGCAGCGGGAUUUCCACAGUACGCCCAGCUCUAUGAAGAUUCCCAGUUUCCAGUUGACAUUUCCUCUGUGAAAAGGGACCACGACUUUUUAGACCGGGAUCUGGUAGAGCCUCUAUGUCGACGUCUAAAUACUCUGAACAAGUGUGCCUCCAUGAAACUGGAUGUCAGCCACCCCAAGAAGAAAGUAAGACAACCUCGUUUAACUGGUGAUGACUCUGAUGAAGAUGACCCGUUGGCCAUCAGUAAAAGGUGGACGUUUGAGUGGAGCAGCCGACGUUGGUCGCGCCUGCAAGACUUCCUGUUGGACAGCACCGCUGAAAGUCCACUGGACUUCCUGUUGGACAGCACCGUGAGCAUUGAGAGUGUGCUGGCGGACCCGAGCGAGCAGGAGAUCGCAGAAAUCUCCUCGUUGCAUAGUGAGGACUCCGCGUCUGCCAUGCCUGACUCUAUAUCUAUGGCAUCUCUCUCUGCUUCCUACCAUCCCUCCAGGGAUCUUCCACACUACAACUCCCUGCCAAUCAAGAGCAGCCGCCAUGGGCAAGGAGGGCGGAGUAAAGCCAAGGAGUUUUUGCGUCGCAUGGAAUUAAUGCGCACUUGGGGGCCGUCGACAAAGCGGAAAAGCUCAAAUCGCAGGGCACCUAUGGUCAUCAGUGGGCCGGUGUUGCAGGGCGAGGAGCCUCACGCACUGCAGAUGCUCCAGUGUACUCCGAUCAGCCAACUAGAACACAAUGACCAAACUGACGGUGACACCCCCUCGCUUACCAAUGACUGUAAAGACCAAUCCACGGUGAGUGUUAGCCCCAGCGGUGAGACAGCGGCGCCCAAUGUGAAGGAGCCCGUGUGUGCAAAACACCGCACCGCCAGCAAGAGAAGCAGCAUGUAUCUGGAGGACAUUGAGCUGCUUUCUCAAAGCAAGAGGACUGAAGGACAGAGCCAGUUUGGCAGAAACCAGUUUCACUCACAUGAAAACCUCCUCGUUCACAUCCCCAAAGACCAUAAACCAGGCACCUUUCCAAAAGCUCUGUCCAUAGAGAGCCUGGUGCCUUCCCCUGGUGACGGAAACAAUGGCCCCCGGACACGGGCCAAAAUCUAUCUACUCAACAAUGGCCCGGGUGAGCCCUGGUCUGACAAACCUCUGUCCAAGCCCCCCUGUCCUGGAGCUCCCCGUGGCAGCAGGGUGAGUGUUUAUGACAACGUUCCGGGCUCCCACCUCUACGCCAGCACAGGAGACCUACUGGACUUAGAGAAGGAGGAAAAUCUGUUCCCUCACCUAGAUGACAUCAUCCAGCACGUCAGCGGUUUGCAGCAAAUAGUGGACCACUGGAGCCGCAGUGUGCUGCCUGAGGAUGAGACAGAGGAGGGGGAGGAGGAAGAGGAGGGCAGGACCACCCCCAGUGAAGGCGAGAGAGACGGGGUCUCCUUGAUCGACACUGACUCGACAGGAACCAGUCGGGAGAGACGGGACUCUGGAGUCGGGGCCUCGCUGACAAGACCACGGCUACGAUGGCCCAGCUUCAGGACCUCUGAUCAUCUCAACCAGCCGGCAUCUUCACUGCAGAUCACUAGCCAAUCAGCGGGCCAGCUCAGCCUGCUGCAGAAGUUCUCUUUGCUCCGCCUCACCGCCAUCAUGGAGAAAUACUCAAUGUCUAAUAAACAUGGCUGGACAUGGUCUGUCCCCAAGUUCAUGAAGCGCAUGAAGGUGCCAGACUACAAAGAGAAGAGUGUGUUUGGUGUUCCCCUCAUCAUCCAUGUCCAGCGCUGUGGUUUUCCGCUCCCUCUGUGUUUACAACAGGCCCUCAGCCACCUCAGAACACACUGUCUGGACCAGGUGGGAUUGUUCCGCAAAUCUGGCGUGAAGUCGCGUAUUCAGGCUCUGAGGCAGCAGUGUGAGUUGUCCCCUGACUCUGUGAGCUACGAGGACCAGUCGGCCUACGAUGUGGCCGACAUGGUCAAGCAGUUCUUCAGAGACUUUCCAGAGCCUCUGCUAACAAGCAAGCUGGGGGAAACCUUCCUGCAUAUUUACCAGUAUGUCCCAAAGGAGCAGAGGUUGCAGGCCGUCAGAGCGGCCAUUUUGCUGAUGCCGGACGAAAACAGGGAGGUUCUGCAGGCGUUGCUCUACUUCCUGCGUGACGUGACUUCCUUGGUAGAGGAGAACCAGAUGACGCCGAUGAACCUGGCUGUUUGUCUGGGACCUUCCCUCUUCCACCUCAGCAUGCUGAAGAACGAGACGCUCUCGCCAAGGUCAAUCCAGAGGAAGUACACCACGGGUCGUCCCGAUCAGAAAGACCUGAGUGAGAACCUGGCAGCCACCCAGGGUCUGUGUCACAUGAUCACCGAGUGCCAGUGUCUCUUUCAGAUACCAGAGGAGAUGGUGACCCAGACUCGUAACUCCUAUAUGGAGGCUGAGCUGAUAGUGCCCCCGCUGGACGAGCUGUGCAAGGCUCACGAGGAAGAAGUGGAUGAGGACGAGGACGAGGAGGAUGAGGAGGGAUCCUAUCAUGCCUACCUGGAAGGGCUGGUCCAGAACCUGCUAGAAGAGGCCAAAGAUAAAAGCAAAGGCUGGGUGUCUCGCUUGACGACUGACCAUACAGAACUGGCAUUCAAAAAGGUGGGAGACGGUAACCCUCUGAGGCGAUGGCGAGUGUGUGUCGAGGUGUCGGCGGCUCCAGAUGAGGUGCUGCAGCGGCUGCUGAGAGAACGCCCUCUGUGGCAGGCCGAUCUACAGCAGGAGAAGGUUCUGGAGAGGCUGGAUAAACAGACAGACGUGUACCAGUACUCCCACCACAACAUGGCACCUCAACCCAGCUGUGACUAUGUGGUACUAAGAUCAUGGCGCACAGACCUAUGUAAAGGCUCCUGUGCAUUGGUGUGUGUGUCCAUCGAACAUGAUGACAGCCCGCGCACGGGAGGAGUGAGGGGGGUGGUGCUGGAGUCACAGUACCUCCUCGAGCCCUGUGGGACUGGGAGGACUAGACUCAUACACAUCUCCAGAGUAGACCUCAGGGGAAGAUCUCCAGAAUGGUACAACAAAGCAUUCGGUCACCUGUGUGUUAAUGAAGCUCAGAGGAUCCGAUCCUCUUUUCACCCUCCAGAACAGACGAGCACUGAGGCCAAGAUCUGAACCCCACACAUCAAGCUUUAUCUCGGGUCACACUGCCAGAGCAGCUGAGCCUGAGGACCCAUGAGGGGAAUCAUCCAGGCAGUGAACUUUAGUACCUUUUCACUCUGCUGAGCCACACUCAGCUGUACUGCACCAUACUGUACUGAGUUACCGUCAUUCACAGAAAAGGGAGUUUUUUGCCAUGUAUUCCAUUAAUUCCGCAUAACAACAUAUCGCUACUUAUUUAUCCCAUAAAUAUCAAACAGCUAAUUAGAUUUUCUUUGAAUAUACAUUGAUGUUACAUAUAAUAAUCUGCAGACAGAGCGUAUUUUCAGUAUUUAUUGCUCUGGGUCAUUCUUCUAAAUCCUCGUCUACUAAUCCAAUAUCUUGCAAAAAAAAAAGACGACGUACGAUAACAGCCCGCACCAGAAGGUGUGUUAAUGAGAUGGUUGCCGUCUUUAACACCGUCAUUUGAUAAAGCUGUAGCUGAUGUUAUCGUAUGUAAAAAUGACAUAAAAGUAACCCACAAGUAAAGUAGAAUACCCAUAUUUGUAUUGAUUAUUUACUCUGAGAAAUCUAUCUUAACUCCAACUCUUUAAAAUGUAACAUGGCCUGCUAGAGGAAUAUAAAUGACUGAUUAGAUUGAAACUGUUCACAACGAUUUGUUCUCCUCAGAUGUUUUAUUGAAUAGACUUGAAGAAGCAGGACACAUACACUUCAGAUCUGCUUUUAUCACAGUCAAUCGAAAAUGACAUUUAAUAAACAACACAGUAAAUUUCAUCAACCAACCAAGGAAUUGCAAUUUAGUGUCAGGACAAGUACAUUCAGUGCUCUAACAAUUCUUAAUCCUGCUUUUAAAAAUCUUGCAUGUUGAUACAAUAAUCUAAUUUUAGUUAAUUUGGCCAUCUAUAAACUAAUGCUCCUACAAAGCUGUGAACAAAUCCCUUAAGUAUGCACGUUUAUAAAAGGCACAAGAUUAUGAUCGAGCCGUCCUCAGAUUAAGAUGCAUAAAUCCCAGUGCUCUUAAAAAGCAUCCCUGUCAUUAGGAAUGACCAGGACCAGUACAGCAUGGCUACAUGUCAGCGUUACAUUUUGAAAAGUGCACUAUAGUUCAGGACAAACGAGCACAUGAGGGAUCUGGAUCACAGAAAGGGCAAACAGUCAUCAGGUCCAUACAUGUGCUGUUAUGGAAACAUUGUGUUGGAUAUCACUGUUGAUCUACUUCUCUCACUAUUUUCAGUGUUACUCUUAUCUAAAUGUUUUUUUAAAGUUAUCAUUGUCAUUAUAUACAUGUAUAUUGUAUCACCUUUUUUUGCUGUCAUGUUAUACAAUGUCUAAGACAUGUGACCAUUUCACUGCUUCUGGGAAGCAUGUUUGAAAUUGUGUGUGUGGGAGUGCAUGGAAGUGCCCGUGUAUCUGCACUGUAGAUAUACGUACAGCCUUUAGUGUAUAUAUAUAUAUAUAUAAAUAUGACGCUCUCUGUGCCAGCAGAUCAAACAUCAUAGCUUUUCAGGGUCUUCCUAUCAUAUUGAUAUGCUGAAAUGUGAACUUUACAUACACCAUCCUACUAAAGCAAUAGCAAACUCGCUCUGCCAUGGCACUGCCUUGGCUUAUUUUUGUUUUGUUUCAGCUGUAGGCGUUGCUACAGUGUCACCAAAAUCCUGCGUGGAUGCUGUUUGCUGGUGUACCAGGUGUGUGUGUGUGUGUGUGUGUGUGUGUGUGUGUGUGUGUGUGUGUGUAAAUAUGUGUGUAUGAGAGAGACAAAGAGUGAGUGAGUGACUUUGACGUGAGCUCUCGGCUGUGUGGGAAGAGGCUCCAAACUAGCUGAGACCAGGGUGGUUAUUUCUGACAGAAAACAGAAUCAUUGUUACUAAAGAGAAUAAAAACAUCUAAGAAUUCAACAAAACAUUUUCUGUGGAAGUGUUCUUCAGUCUCUGAUAUUAAAUUGUUGUAACAUCAAAAGGCAUAAUGGCAUGAAAAUACAUUUAUAAAUCAUUUUCCUUGUUAUGUGCUCUCCUGUCCAUUGAGUGGUGCUCUCGCCCCACUGGAGUCUGAAGGUCCUGCAUGAGUCUGGAAACUGUGCCAUGUAGAUUGUUUUGAGAUAACUUGAGUGUAUGAAGAGUCAUCAGGGGGUUCUCCCUAUGAAGAUGUUCUCUGUUGUCACGCUGUGUCCUUUCAAUGGAUUGAUUUAGGAAACUAACCCCCCCCACCGCUCAGAUCAAUACUCAAUCGCAUUUACCUACUUAGCCGCGUCAGAUGGGGACUCUCACAGAGGGCGAUGAAGGUGUUUUAAUACAGACUCUACUCUCCCUGUAAGCGGGGGUGUAACAGCACAGAAAUGUGUGAAACAUUACUUUAACUUCUACCCCAUUUAACAUGUCACUGAUUUUAUCUAGGGCACACCGUUACAGCUCCUGAAUGUCAAUGAUCCUCUGCACCGUGGGUGUACUUCACUACUCCAUGGAGUCUGACAAAUGAGGAACAUCAUGCUGCAAAUUACACUAUGAAAAAAAACAAGGAUUACUGACAAGGUGAAUCAAGCAUUGUUUUUUUCCCCCCCAACUGAAUCCACUUUAUUCUCGAGGGGUAGAUUUUCUAAGCAAACGUUUAAAAUCAUGAAGACUAGACUGUGCAAAAGAAAGUAAAGUAAUUUGCUAUUGCAGUGCUCUUUCUCAUUAUGUUGAGAUAAAAUGCAGAGGGGUUACAGUUUUUCUCGAUUGUUAAGACACAUUUCUUGAAACGGUCACCCAUUUUCUCAAAACUGUAAACACAAAACCUCAUCUUCAAGCACUAUU